AUGGACGCGCAAAAAUCGGAAGCAAAAGUAUUUCUUAAAUGCGCAUUACCUCAAUGCAAAGAUCUACGAUUUAAUUUAUUCCAUAGAUUUCCAAGAAAUCCAGAACGUUGUAAAGCAUGGUUGGAGGCUUUUGAUAAUCCUGCUCUGUAUGCCAUGCCCCAUUUACGCCUGGUACAAAAGACGGUAUGUAGUCGUCAUUUUCGGGUAACGGACUAUAUUUAUCCAGAGUCCAGAAAGUUGAAUAUAGGGAGAGUGCCAAGUUUAAAUCUUAAAUCUCUUGACCAAUUGGAUAUAUGCCGUCAUGGUAUAACCACCAAGAUGGAAUAUGAAACAAAACCUUGGCCCAGACGCAGAGAUACUAAUGAUUUGGCUGAAAAUGAAAGUGUUGACGAUAUAUCUAAUAAUGAAAAUACUAAUGAUGCAUUUGAAGUUUCUGAUAAAAGUAUUGGGCAAUUAAAUAAUGUUUCCUUAGCUUCUAAGGACGUUUUAAAUGAUAAUAUAGUUUCUUCCAGUGAGGAUAUAAAUGAUGUGUCUUUAGUGAGUACUUGUGUGGAAGGCUCUAAUGGUGAGGAUGUAAAUGAUGUGCCUUUAGUGAGUACUUGUGUGGAAGACUCUAAUGGUUUCCAACUUGUUGUUACUGAUGGUGUUAUGUUGAUUAAGGAUUCACUGUUGGAUUCACCAGUAAACGCGGAUAUUUUAUGGCUGCGUCACAUGUGCCGUUGUAACGAAUGUUUCGACUCUAUUAAGAAUAAACCAUUGAUUAAUUUCUUAAACAUCGACAAUGACUUGCAGCCUGUAAUGGCUACCGUUUUAGAGGAAACCAAGAAAUUGGAUAUUAUAUGGAGCGAUGGACACACCUCCACCUACAACAUGAAUCAGUUGUACGAACAACUACAGCGAAAACAAAAACCCAACCCAACGCCCAACUAUUUGCUAUGGAAUUUUCAACAUACGCAAUAUCGUGAUGAUUUACAGCCAUUAAAUUGGUUUGAUCUAAUACAAUCCAACAAAACUGCCACCUUCAAAGCCUUAGAUCGUUUGCAAAAGUCUGGUUUGUUGAUUAUAAAUCAUGUUCCAAAAUUUGAUAAAGAUUCUCUGUUAAAAAAAUCCAUUAUAACUAACAUUUUCAAUCAUUCAUGUAAUGAUUUAAUAAGCGAAAAAAGACAAGAUUUUCCAAAACAUUACAAUACUACUCCAUUUACGAAUUGUACUUUUCACUCUAUGGAUAAAGGUUUACAGAUAUUGACAGUUCCCUAUAAUAAAGACGAUUUGAAACUGCAAUUAAAUUUAGUAGAUGGUUUUCAAGCCAUUGAUCAACUACCAAAAGCUACUCAAGAAUUCUUAACACAAAACCAUAUGCACUAUAGUUUUAACGAUGACAAGGGAUAUGAAUAUAAAAUUAAAUUGCCUGUUAUAUUGAAAGCUGACAAUAUGGAACGUAUUUGGUUUUCUCCUCAUCACUUGGCUAGUAUUAAUUCACAAGAAUUUCGACAAGUUUCCAAGCAUUUCAAACUAUUAAAUGAUGUUUUAACAAUGCCUCAGAAUCAAUGGCAAGUGGAACUAAAUGCAGAGACUAUAAUUAUUUUGAAUAAUUACCGUAUUUGUUGGUGUUUACGAGAUCCUCCAAAGGAUUGUGAAUUGGAGUGUAUGUACUUGGAGAAAAAGCAUUACUUAAGUAGCAUGAACAUAUUGAAGAACACUAUGGAAAGAUUAUGAAAACAGUUCUGUAUGCAAAUUUUUUAUUUUUUUCUCUUAAAUUUUUAAAAUUUUUUUUUUAUACU